AUGAAUUGGUUGGAGUUCAACCAUGUGCAUAUAAAUUAUUUUGAUAAAUCAAUGAAGUUUCUUGAAUCCGAGGAGAGUACGGAGUCGAGUUUCAUGACCACGAGGCAUGUAGGAAUGUUCUUGAGAGAGAGUGAUCAAGCAUUCAUGGUGUUCACAUCCUUGAGAGGGGGAACGAGAGAACGAUUACAUAUUUACCUGUUGUGUGAGUUUCCUGAAGUGUUCCCAAAUGACAUUAGUGAUUUUUCGCCGGAGCACAAAGUUGAGUUCACUAAAGACUUAGUACCUGGUACUAUUCCUGUGUUGAUGGAUCCUUAUAGGAUGCUUGCUUCAGAUCUGGAUGAGUUGAAGAAAUUGUUAGAGGAUCUACUUGAGAACAAGUUUAUCUGA